AUGGCCCUAAAUUGCCUUACCAGCUGCCAGUUCAUGGACGGUAACAAGUCGGACUCUGACAGCGAAUAUCGCCGAGGAGAAUGUUGUCGGAAACUGUGUUGUGUAAAGGUUUGGAGGCGCCGCUGUCAAUGGAACAUAUUGCCGUACGAGAAAAUGAGAAUUGGGUCUUUAAACAUGGCAACUGAGAAGGUGAGGAAGAGUCAUUGCCGGAGUUAUAGUACCGGAGUUGUUGCAUUCGUCGGCGGCACGGAGCCAAGGUUGGUGAGGAGCUGUGCAAUGAGAAGGGAUUGGAGCUUUGAGGAUGUGAGUCAGGGAUGA